GGUGCAUGGGGCGGUGGGAGGGGGCGGUGUCCGGGGAGACGCGUCAACAGCCGCCGCCGUGGCGGGGUCCCUCCUUCCGGCGGCCCAAGCCCCGCGGGGAGCGCCGCGGCGGGGAUGAGGCGGCCAGCCUCGCACCCACCGUAGCGGUACGGCCGCCUCCGCCAUGAAGCGGAAGAGCUGGGCCGAGACCCGGCGCCGUGCAGCCCCAGCGCCCCCGGCUAUGAAGAGAACUCGGGGCGCGGCGUGGCGGGCGGCGGGGGGCGAGGCGGAGAGGCGGCAGCUGCCCCCCGCCGGGUCAGAGACCUGCCUGAAGAUCGCCGAUCGCCUUUAUUUUGCGAUUCUCUGCCAAAAACCAAAGAGUGGAGCUGCAGAUACCCAUUAUUUCUGCAUCGAUGAUGAACUUGUGUAUGAGAACUUCUAUGCAGACUUUGGACCACUCAAUCUGGCAAUGGUCUACAGAUACUGCUGCAAGCUAAAUAAGAAAUUAAAGUCAUUUUCAUUGAUAAGGAAGAAAAUAAUUCAUUACACUGGCUUUGAUCAGAAAAAACAAGCAAAUGCUGCAUUCCUCAUAGGCUCCUACGCAAUAAUAUACCUGAGAGAAUCCCCUGAAGAUGUGUAUAGGCUUAUAUUGGCUGGAAGUAUUUCGUAUCUUCCUUUCAGGGAUGCUUCCUUUGGCACUUGCAGUUUUCAUCUGACAUUGCUGGACUGUUUUCAUGCAAUCAACAAGGCUUUGCAAUAUGGUUUCCUGGAUUUCAAUUCUUUUGAUGUAAAUGAAUAUGAGCAUUAUGAAAGAGCAGAAAAUGGAGAUUUUAACUGGAUAAUACCAAACAAAUUCAUUGCCUUCAGUGGACCUCACUCAAGAAGUAAAAUUGAAAAUGGCUAUCCCCUCCAUGCUCCAGAGGCUUAUUUCCCAUACUUCAGGAAGCAUAAGGUCACCACUAUCAUACGCCUCAACAAAAAACUUUAUGAUGCCAAACGAUUCACAGAUGCUGGAUUUGAGCACUUUGACCUCUUCUUUGCUGAUGGAAGCACGCCUAGUGAUACUAUAGUUAAAACAUUUCUGAAUAUUUGUGAAAAUGCAGAAGGUGUUCUAGCUGUUCAUUGCAAAGCUGGUCUUGGACGAACUGGCACACUUAUUGCCUGUUAUAUUAUGAAGCAUUAUCGGAUGACAGCUGCGGAAACUAUUGCCUGGAUUAGAAUAAACAGACCUGGUUCAGUCAUUGGACCACAACAGCACUUCCUGAUGGACAAACAGGCAGAACUUUGGACAGAAGGAGAUAUUUUCCGUGCAAAGUUGAAAGGAAACAGUAAAAUUGCUGUGAGAAGAAUUUUGUCAGGAGUAGAUGAUAUUUCAAUUAAUGACACAAGAAACAGGAGAACCAUCCAAAGGGACAAUGAACUGUACAGUGACGAAGAUGAAACAAACAGUGUAACACAAGGUGAUAAGCUUCGUGCUUUGAAAAGUAGAAGGCAGGCAAAAGCUCCAACUGCAUCUUCACUAACAUGGCUCGUAGCUAUGCUGGUGUCUACACUGUGUAGCAUUGUCAUCUGGUGGAUUGUAUGUGGCUCCCUUCUGCCCAGCCUGCUAUUCUGUCUAGAUGGUUUAAGAACAUAGUAACCAUCAGGACCCCCUGAGAGAGAGCCACUGUCAGCCAGUCCAUCCACGGACUAGAAGAGUAUUGCAUUAAAUUUCAAAUAAGCAAUCAGUGUUGAAGAGGAUAUUCAGGAAUGAAGGGGAUAUGACUAGAUGGGACUUGAUGCAAUUCAAGGAAGAAUACUCUGUCUCCAUUUUUCAGCAAAAGUGAAACAGAAGGAUCUCUUCCAUACUUGUAGAAUACAAUGAACUUACAAUAAGACAUUUGGUAGACACUAGCCUAAUGUGCUAACGAUUCCUCAAAUAAAACCAAGAAAAUCUGUGUACAUUUAGACUCAGGUGUAAAUACUUAAGCUCUCUAUUAUAAAGAGGGCUUGCUAGUAUGUAUGAUGCAUGUGUAAAAAUUGUUAUGGCAAUCACUUAGCUGCUGACCACCAGAAAUGAGAUGGUGAGAGCUUUUAAAUAUGUAAAUCUGUGUUGUCCAUUCAGAUUGGGCUCAAGUCUCCAACUGAGACUGCAAAUCUACCACAAAAGCUUUUUUUCCCUAUAGUAUUGUACUCUCCUGCAUUAAUUGGCUAUUCUUUCUUAUUUUGUAUGAAGUUUUUAAUGAAGCCACAGUACUGAGUACACGAAGUAUCUACUGUCCACUGGAGAGUGUUUUAUUUUCAAAGGUUGUGUGGUUUAUUUUGAAAAAAGUAACUGUAAGCAAUUAAAUUGUUUUUCAUAGUAAUAGAUUUUUAGUUGAUCACAACCAAUGGCUCUUCUAAGUAGUUGUAAUUGCUUUAAAUUGCAUAUUGAUAUGUAAUUACUGUGUCUUCUCCUACCUUCAAGCCUUUUAGGUGAAACUCUAGAUUGCCAUAGGUAAAAUGGUAAGGAUUUUCCCCUAAUUUUAUUCAUAAACUUGUUAACAUCUGGUUGUCACUGUUUUUUAGCUUUGAGACACAUAAUGAGUGCAGCAUGCAAAAAAAGGGAAAAUAAGUUUGCUGUGCAACCAAAACUGGUAGUGGAACUCAGGGGCAGGUAUAGUUUUUAACAUCUAAUAAACUUUUAAAACUACAGCUUACCUGUUAAAAAGCAGUGCAAUUUUUAGAGGAACCUGUCUGAGACUGAAAUUUUCAUCCACUACAGGACUGUCUUAAAACAUGGGCAGCAUUUUUUCCAUACCACUUUUCACACUAUUAAGACUCAAACCUGGCUUUGCAGUGAUGUACCCGUGUCUGCCAACUGAAGUUUAUAGCUGCAUAUCCCUCAGAUGAGUACUGUUACCACAUAGCCUUAAAUAUUAUACAGUUAUCUGUUGAUUUACUGACUACUCUUACAGUAGAAAGUAGAAUAAAUGGAGAGAUCUGAAAUCUUAACAGUGGACUAACUUAAGUUUUUAAAGAUACAGCUUACCUCUGCAAAGGAUACAGUUUUCUUUUUAUUUAUGUAACUGGGCAGGUUCAGUGACUAUUUCCAGUCUACAUUCUUUUAAAUGAAAAAUUAAGCUUUCUGUUUGGCUGGUGGUUGUUGAGUGCCAGUCUGAUUAACCGCAGCUUGGCUUGAAAACAUUUGGUGGCAAGAGCAUCACAAGAUGGAAGGGAAGCAGGAUGCAAAGUAAUUUUAGUCCAAAUUUGCAAAUAUGAAUAUAAAGAAAACAAGAGACUUGUAUGGUACAGAAUAAAGGCUCAGACCCCACAUAUUUUUGUUCUCCUCUUCACCUUCACCAUAGUUUUCUUACAGGUGAAAAGUACCUAAAGUAGAGGAACAGGAUUCAUUCUGAUAUAUUGAUUAAAAUUCCUUGAUUUUAGUAAGCCUCUUGCCCAAAAGCUGAAGUACAGGUAACCAGGAUAGUAGAUGUGUUGAACAAAUAUUAAUCUGUGUUUAUUUUUGAGUAAAAUCUUGGAAGUCAGAAGCAAUUAAACUAGUGAGGUGAAGGGGUGAAAGUCAAAACAAGAUUUAGUAAUGUUUAGUGAUUGGCUUUGCCCUUUUCUCAGCUGAGCUUCCUCUUUUAGCAUCUUUGGUUUUAACCUAAAAAUAAGCAGUGUUUCACACCCCUUUCAAAUUCCAAAUUGGAAUUUGCUUUUUUUUAAGUAACCAGCAGAGCCAUUAGCACUUUCAGGUUCAUGAGAAGUAAAUUUGCAUAAAACAAUGCACAAACACACACAAUAGCAACUCUAGCUAAACCGAAACUGCAUGUUUGGCAUUAAUGUGUUUCAGGAUACUACUUUGACCACCCAGUAUCUAAGUAAGAAACACAGUAAUGUCAAAGGUAUUUUACAUUUGAACUCUAUAAACAGCCUUAUAUGGAAAAUUAACACAUUACCUCAUUGUGUCCCAUCUGAUUGUAUUGCUUAAUUCUGAAUUUUUAGUAUUUGGUCUAGCAUUUUUAUUAUACCAUACCAAAGCUGUCUUAAGUACAAGAAUGAAGAGUGGGCAUGGGUAGGGGAGUCCUUGGUUUCUAAAUAUUUUUUUAAUUGUUAAUUAUUAUGUGCCAAAAUGGAAUGUGUGAUAGCAGCUGCAUCACCAAAGUACCACUGAGCAGCAGAAGGAAUUUGUUUCUGCUGUCAUCAAAUAGGAGUUUUUCCAUACAAAUUAUUUCCACUCUUUCAAAUACACAUGGAUUCUCCCUUGAUCUCAUAUUCAAAAAUAUGCAACAUACUCAAAAACUGUAAUAUCUUGGUUCAAAUUUCUAGCAUCCAUUACAGCAUCAAUAGCUUAACCUAGACCUUGUCGUUUGGCCCCAGUAUGACAGCAGAGGAGGUGUUGCCGAUUUAAAAAAAUUACAUAGGAUUUGUAGAGACUCAUGCAUUAAAAUGGAAAAGAAAAAAAAGAAAAAUGUGAUGUUCACCAGUUUGUGGCACUGCAGUUUUAUAUUAACGGUUUGCCGACUGUUUGUCUUAUGUAAAUCACGUUCAGACUAUCAAGACCUAAAAGUUCUUGAGUAACCAGUACUGUUCAUCCUGAUUAUUUUUAAAUUGUAUAUUUCUAAUAAUAUUUUUUUAACUUGGAUUGACAGAAUGGGAGUUUAUUUUGCUGAAGUUAUUUUUAAGAUAAAGUUUCAUAUUACCUUGUAAUAUUAAGUAGUUCAGUAUGCAUUUGUGUCUCACUUGAAAAUAACUGCAUAUUGUAUUUGAUUUUAUACAAAAUACUGAAUAGUGAGAAUUGCAGCCAUGAAUUGUGUAAAAAUAAAAUAAUCAGAAGUU